AUGUUAAGAUCAUCUUCACGCUUGGUUCUCAAACAAGGUUUGCAAACUAUCAAAUCAACCACUCCACGAUUACUCCGAACCCAACUUCCCAAAUCACUUGCCUCUUCAAGACAACUUUCCCAAUUAGCUCAUGUCAAGACUCCACCUAAUUUACAAAAUGAACCUGUGAAACCAUUUGGAUUCAACGACGUUAAAGAUUGGGAUUUAUUACGCGCUUCAAUUACUAAAUUUACUGACGAAGCAAGCUUAAAGGUGCCUUUAGUUGUUGGUGGGCAAAAAAUCUAUCGUGAAGAAACUAAACCUCAAUUGAACCCAUCUGAGCACUCACAAAAUUUAGCUGAUGUCUCGCAAGCUACCGUGCAAGAUGUACAAGCUGCUAUUAAAGCUGCCAAAGCUGCUAAGGAAUCAUGGGCCAAUACACCAUGGAGUGAUCGAGCAGCCAUCUUCCUCAAAGCUGCCGAUUUGAUCUCUACUAAAUACAGAUACGAUAUGUUGGCGGCAACAAUGUUGGGACAGGGUAAAAAUGUUUAUCAAGCCGAAAUUGAUUGUGUUGCUGAAUUGAUUGAUUUUUUCAAGUUCAAUGUCAAAUACGCAGAGGAAUUGUACGGUCAACAGCCUUUACAAACGGCACCUGGUGUUUGGAACCGUGCUGAGUAUAGACCCUUGGAGGGUUUUGUUUAUGCUGUGACUCCAUUCAAUUUCACCGCCAUUGCUGCUAACUUGGUUGGUGCACCAGCAUUGAUGGGUAAUACAGUUGUAUGGAAACCUUCGGCAACAGCAGCAUUAUCAAACUACUUACUAUUGACCAUAUUGGAGGAAGCAGGGUUGCCCAAGGGAGUUAUUAACUUUGUUCCAGGAGAUCCAGUUGAAGUUACUGAUGUUGUAUUGAAUGAUCGUGAUUUUGCUGCAUUGCAUUUCACUGGUUCAACCGAUGUUUUUAAGAAAUUGUAUCGACAAAUUAGUGAAAAUGUGUCAAACGAUAAGUACAAGGACUUCCCUAGAAUUGUUGGUGAAACUGGUGGUAAAAAUUUCCAUUUGAUUCACCCAAGUGCUUCCUUGAAUCAUUCGGUAUUGUCUACUUUAAGAGGAGCAUUUGAAUAUCAAGGACAAAAAUGUUCAGCUACUUCGAGACUAUAUGUACCCGAGUCAAUAUGGCCCGAAUUUAAGGAUAUUUUAUCGGCGCAAAUUGAACAGAUAACCAUCGGCAAUACUUCUGAUUCAAACUCAUUAAAUGCAUUUAUGGGACCAGUUAUCCAUGAGCAAUCAUUUAAGAAGUUAGCUAAAGCUAUCGAUGAUGCCAAAUCGGACCCGGAAUUGGAAAUCAUCACUGGUGGAUCCUAUGAUUCAAGCAAGGGUUUCUACGUUCAACCAACAUUGAUCAAGACCACCAAUCCAAACCACGAAUACUUGACAAAGGAGUUUUUCGGUCCAAUUUUAACCGUUUAUGUCUAUCCUGAUCAAGAGUAUGAGUCAAUUAUCAAAGCUAUUGAUUCAGCUACCAAAUAUGGAUUAACCGGAUCUAUUUUCGCUAGAGAUAGACAGGCAAUUAGAUUAGCUGAGGAAAAAUUGAGAUAUGCAGCAGGAAACUUUUAUAUUAAUGACAAGUCCACUGGUGCUGUUGUUGGACAACAAUGGUUCGGUGGUGCUAGAGCUUCGGGAACAAACGAUAAAGCUGGAAGUGGUAAUAUUUUGUCGAGAUUUGUUUCGGUUAGAAACGUCAAGGAGAAUUUCUACGAGUUGGCUGAUUUUAAAUACCCAUCAAAUUACAAAUAA